CUUACCAUCCAAACCGUUAGAAACACAUCCAUACGUGUUGAAUUGUGAAAUGGUUGAAGAGCAAGUAUUUAGAAGAAAUGUAGAAAUCUAAGCUAAUGUUAAAUUAAGUUAUGUGCUAUAUCUAAGCUUAUCUUUGUAGCUGCACAGACAUUAAGUCUCUCCUAUAGAGCUCGUUGCAUGGUUUCCCUGGAUUUCUCACGGCCGGGCUACGAGUUGGUUCUGUGCUACUGGAGAACGAAGCUCCAUCUAGUGGUCAUAUAUUUACAUAGAUCAUGUGUACGAAUAUAAAAUAUGGAAAAAUGAAGAAUUUAUUGGUCUGAAUUACUUAAACAACUCCGUAAGCAAGGAAAGACAAGUUUCAGUUCAAAAGAAUGAAGAAAAAUAAUAAAAGAAAUUAUAAUUUUUAUUCCAACAUUCUGCACGACAGACAGAUUAAAUACAAAGUGCUUAAAAAAAAACCCGCCAGAUUUAAUAUCUCGAGUGCCGAACGUAAAUAACGAUAUUUUUACCCAAACAAGUGACAGAGUAGACAAUCAUAACCCCGGAAUAACAUGGAUGACCUGGUCCGAACCGCAGUAACUCCAGGUAACUCCUUCUAUGACAACUAUCUACAAAACUCAGAAGAAAAUAGGCUUAUCGAAAAUAGUUUUCUAAAAAGUUCCUUAAUCUUCGAAGUCGAUAAACCUUCGAACGAAGCUCCUAAAUUUCAUAGACACUCUGUAACAGACUCAAUGAUUAACACAAGGGGCAUAAGGUCAGAUGCCUGGAGUUUCUCUACUGGCCGAGGGAAGGUGACUUUUCACUGUAUGUGGACAGCUUGUAAAGCACUGACCAUUGGGAUCCUGCUUAUAUUGCUAGGGUCUGGGAUGGCUGUUGUGGGCUUUUAUUCGACUCAUGCCGACAUGGACAGAAAAGCAAAUUCGACGAAUUUUCUGGAAAAUUUUAGCAGAUCUUAUAAACUAACUAGUAUGACGUACAUAGGUCCGGCGGUCAUGGGUGUCGGAGGAUUUAUAAUUGUUGCCACCUGUGUGUUGCUUUUAGAAGCUCGUGACGCAGCAACCAAAGUGAUUCCCAUCUGGUUGUGGCCAACUCACGAUCAUAAGAUUUUGGCAGUGAGCAAGAAUACAACGUUGUGGGAAGUAUUUCAUGCGCAGCCGCAGAAUGUCUCAGAGAGAAGUAAGGAAUCUAUCAACCCUUCCAGUUCUACUAAAGGGGGCAUUGAUCCCUCACAAUUCAGUGGAAAUAUCCAUGCGUAUCACUGUAGAUGUCCAUUUCAAUGUAGUCUUACGUCAAAGGUGAAAAUGUCCAGUUAUGAUAUCUCAAGUAAGCAUCAACUACAGAUAUUUCAUCCACUGUGUUCUAACCGUCAGAAUCCAGGUGGCUCUUUAGACCGAUCAUCUAUUAUGGACAGUCCAAGGACCACAUCAGCUUACCAUGACAGUCGGUGCAAGUACAACAGUAAUCGGGUGAAACACAAUAAAACAUAUGUGUUUAAAAGCUCUUCAGAACCAACUCUAAACACAGCCAACCUUGCCAAAGAAAGAGUUUCAGCUUCGACAGUACUGGAACCCCUUCAGAAGAACAAGUCCAGUUAUUCCGGAAACACAAUCCCCCUAGCGGUCAAAGAAUACAACUUACAAAACAAACCUUUAGGUAAUGUUUAUCGUCCAAUUGUCAACUACCACGUGUAUCAUGCAGGCAAUAUAAAAUCGUCCAGAACAAUGUCGAAUGAAAGUGUUCCUAUUGUGCCAAAAGAUUCACUGGCUUCCCUCCAUGUUUACAAUACAUUUCGAAAACCCGACAGUUUCAGAAGAUCACCUACUUACACCACUAAUCAUUCACGACCAAUAGAAGCAAAGAGAUGCGGUAAAAUAUGGCGAGAAGAGACUGGAGAAACCCGAAGAAUACACAAGAAAACCAUAUUAACAGACGUCCCUCAUAGUACUGAAAGAUCAUACUGGAAGAAACACGUGGCUCACAACAAAGCAGUAUUAAUAGACGUCCCUUGUAGCACUGAAAGGUUAAAUUGGAAGAAAGACAUGGUUCACAAGAAAACAAUCUUAACAGGCGUCCCUUGUAUCUCUGAAAGAUUAAACUGGCAGAAACACACGGCUCACAAGAAAACAUUAUUAACAGGCGUACCAUGUAGUACUGAAAGAUUAUAUUGGAAGAACAACAUGGCUCACAAGAAAACAAUAUUAACAGACGUCCCUUGUAGUAGUGAAAGAUUAUAUUGGAAGAACAACAUGGCCCACAAGAAAACAAUAUUAACAGACGUCCCUUGUAGUAGUGAAAGAUUAUAUUGGAAGAACAACAUGGCCCACAAGAAAACAAUAUUAACAGACGUACCAUGUAGUACUGAAAGAUUAUACUGGAAGUCGUCUGGGAGGCACAUUGUUAAAACAUUAUCAGGCGGAAGUUCAGUAUCACCGGGCUCUGAUCAAGAGGAAGAGCCAAAAAGCCAGUCGACGUCCACCGAACAUUUGUUUCCGCGGCAGAAAAAAAAGUCUCUGUUAUCUUCAAGUUUACUUAGUAGGUUUACCAAGAGGUCAUAACUUUCAUGAAUCUCGUUAAAGUUUUUCUGAGCUGCUGACAGGCCUUUCUUUACAUGUACUGUUUAUUAAAUUAUUACUUAGUGGAACCUAUUGUCCUGAACAUGAAGUAAGCUUUGAAAACAUUUUAUUUGUCAACCAAUAAAAAAGUUCCUUUUGGGGUUUGACAAUAAAUAAUUUACAAUUACUGACUGGGAUCAGUGUUCAACUGAUGACUUGACGUCAAUGAACAAAAAUGAAUCGGAACAACUAGAAGUAGUGGUUGGUGAACGGACUACACGAGCUUUGUGUGACCUCUUUGAUAUUACCGUGUCGUGCAGUUUCAAGAUGACGGUUACUAUGACAACGAAAAUAAACAACGCCUGCUUGCUUGCUCAAUAAGAUUGUGCGUGAUAAACGGAAUCAAAAUGAGACGGUUUGUGUUGCUGCUGAUCUGCCUUAUAGUAUUUAAGCAGCGCAGGAGCAAACUUCUUUAAACAAGACAACGUGAUGUCAUCUUCCCUUAACACCCCUCCCCCUGGACAAUUCGGGAAUAUACAGGAUACUCAGUUCAACAUCUCGUCAACCGGACAAUGAGACGUCCUCUUCUGGAAACUCUAUCCUGAAUAUUCUCUCUCUCUUUUAAUAAUUCAGGAAGCAGAGUGGAAUAACACGUUAACAAAACAUAAUGAAAUCUUCUUUGAACUUCUCCAAUACAUCCUCGCUCUUGGAUAUUGAGCCAUACUCAACAGUACUACCAGCUCUAAUGCCAGAACCUCAAAGUUUAUCUAUAAAGACAUCCAGUGGAACUUAAUCAAACAAAUUAUUAAUUGUAUUAGCAUUGGUUAUGUCUGUGUGUAUGUGUGUGUUUAGCUGAAAUGUGUAUAUUUUUAUUUUUUGGGAAUCUCGUUUUUUGUGGGCCACAAACUGGGGACCUUUAAAUGACUCUUGACCUUAGUUCGUAUAUACUGAAUUGUGUUUUACUCAGUGAACAAGCCAUAGUCGCGUUGCUUCGAAUUCGGAACGAAAUGAGCAUGCGCGUAUUCGGAUUUUCCAAUCAGCACGUGAACCUCCCGUGCCCGAUAAUGUUCUUCUUUGUUAAACUUACAUGUUUUAGACCUCGUUUCUGAGAGAUUGGGAGGAAAUGUGUGUAAUUUAAAAGUACCAAAGUCAAAUUGUCUUCUUAUAACUGACGUGCCAAAUGAAAGAAUUUUCUAGAAGAAGAUGCUUAAUGAGAUGUACUCGAUGUCGAACUUAUCCAAUUAACCCUUUUUGAAAAUCUAGCAGAAGAUGCUUCAUGAGAUGUACUCGAUGUCGAACUUAUCCAACUAACCCUUUUUCAAAAGCUAGCAGAAGAUGCUUCAUGGGAUGUACUCGAUGUCGAACUUAUCCAACUAACCCUUUUUCAAAAGCGAGCAGAAGAUGCUUUAUGGGAUGUACUUGAUGUCGAACUUAUCCAAUUAACCCUUUUUCAAAAGCUAGCAGAAGAUGCUUCAUGGGAU